UGAGUGAUAACCAUUUACCCUUCUUUUUCCACCAUACCUCUAUACCUGUCCUUCCUUCGAGUCGACGCUGGCGCGUCUGAAGGAAUCGUUGCCAACACUAUACAGCGGGCAUUUUAAUCAACUCAGAGAUCUUGUUCCCGAGAGAGAGAGAGACCUGCUUGAUCGCUCGAUUGAGAGCAGCGCCGACUCUAUGGCGCACGUCGGGUUGAUAUGUGUCCCCUCGAACUGUCAAACGCCCGGUUUCCCCCUAGUGACCUGCCGCAUUGGCACCGGAGUACUGUUAAUUAUAUGCCUUACGCUCUCUGUUCACACUGGCGACGCUUGGGAGACGUGAUGUAUCCCAUCUUCCGACUUUUUUUCUUCUCUUUCUUUCUCUCUCUCUCUUUUGUCUUGGCGGUCCACGCGAUGGGUACCCUACGGGAGAUGCACGGGCAGGUCGUUGAAGUAAUGUUUGCCUUCUAAUAAGCGGGACUUAUGAUCACUGGCAGUUAAUUCUAGAAAUA